CUAGAAUUCACGGAGCUGGGAAGUAGUAGCACACAUCUUGUGGGCACUGAACGGAGAGCAGAGGAGGUUAUUUGCCUAUAAGGACAUCUGACUAACAAUGGAACCAUCAAAAGAAUAUCUCUUCGAAUACAAAGGGUAUUAUUUUAGUGUACAUACUUCACCAGAGUACGUAGCUUCGCUGGAGGACUUUGAAAUCAGAGAUAGUGACAUAUUUCUAGCUACUUACCCAAAAUCAGGAACUGUGUGGACUCAGAACAUUUUGAGCUUAAUAAUUCAUGAAGGCCACCGUAAUGGAACAGAAAAUAUGAACACUGUGGAAAGAAUCCCAUUCCUGGAAUAUAACCCAGAAAAAAAGGAUUACACAAUUCUUCCUUUGCCUCGUGUUUUGGCUACCCAUCUGCCUUACUACUUAGUUCCAAGAGACCUAAGAAACAAAAGAGCACGUGUUAUUUAUGUUUCCAGGAACCCUAAGGACGUCAUGGUUUCCUACUACCACUUCUCCAAAUACAUGAAUACAUUAGAGGAAGUACCAGAUUUUAACCUCUUCAUGGAGAGAUUUCUAGCUGGCAAAGUACUUGGUAGUUCGUGGCUGGAUCACGUUUCAGGCUGGUACAGUCAUGCAGAGGAUUUCAAUAUACUCUUCCUUACCUAUGAAGAAAUGAAAAAGGAUCUGAGAAGUGCUGUGCUGAAGAUCUGCAACUUCAUAGGCAAGAAGCUGAGUGAAGAGGAAGUGGACAGUGUUGUGAGACAGGCCACAUUUGAGAACAUGAAGAAAGACCCCAGGGCCAACUAUGAGAACCUGCCAGAUGAUAUCAUAUCGAAAGACAAGGGUAGUUUUCUACGAAAAGGCACUGUUGGAGACUGGAAAAACAUCAUGACAGUGGCACAGAACGAAAGGUUUGACCAAGUUCUGAAAGAGAAAAUGAAGAGCCUCCCCAUCAAAUACAUCUGGGAUAUUAACGAUGAAAUGUAGGCUGGUUUUGACCUUCAGUGUCCCUUGGUCUUUAUACUGGGGGGACAUAUUUGCAUUUCUGGAAGAAGAAAAGACUGCUCUGUUAUAGAAAUCAUAACAAUGACAACUCAGUCACAAAAUGUGAUUUGUCUGAGGAAGCUACUCAGUUCCACUGGUGUCCUGAUUGUAAUUUUACAAGGCAGUUUAAUGAGCUUCCUUGGUGAACUGGCCUCCUUUCUUCACGUUUGCUUUUACGUUCAUCAGAGUUUAAUAUUACCAGAGUUGUAGACAACCGAGUGAAGAUAGAUCAGUGUUGUUACAGAGCUUCUGAAAAAUCUUUCACUUGUGCCUUUCAUGAGGCUUCUUUUGGUAGAAUCUUCAAUGUCCAAACUGGAAGUAAGAUUGACCAUCUGUAUGGUUAUACUUUGAUAUUCUUGAUUUCCCGUUUCCUUUGUAAACACCGAUACUCAAACAUUUGCCAUUAA